CCACCGCCAGUCUUUCUACUUUUUCUUUCCUUCCCUUGUCCUCCACGGAGGCCCAAAUAAGCGAAUGUUAAAGAAAGAACAACCCCUUUCCCUCUCUCUCUAAAGAGGAAUUUUUUGGUGGGAGAUUCUUGGAUGGGCUAAAUGCCCUCACUAAGGAGCAAAGCAGUGCACCUCGUCUCGGAUCUGACCACCGUCAUCCUCAAUCCCAUCUCCGAUGAGCCCUCCAAGCCUCCCGUGGACGGACAAGGGGUGAAAAAUACAGAGAAGGAAGCUUCAGAAGAAGAUUCUGGGGAUCCAGAUGGACCUGAUACAUCCUCUUUUACUGCCUUCCUCAUCUCCCUUUUAUCAUCAUCAGACACUGGUAGUCAUCCUGUAGAGGAUUUAAAUGAGCGCCAUGCUGAGAUGGGAGAUGCAGCUUCAGCAUCAGAGAUCAGGGAAAAUAGUGGAAAGAAAAGUCUACUUUCCAGAGGCAAGCAAUCACUGGGCAGAGCUAUAAACAAAGCAGCUAAACUAAGUGGUUUUAGACAAAGCUCAGAGCCAAAAACUAAGGCGGUAAAUGAAUCAAAACUGGUUGAACAUGAGAGGAGGCCUGUAAAGGUUCCACAAGAGAUUGCAUCACAUUUUGUCUACCAGACAUGUCUGAACCAUCAUUGCUUCUUUCAGAAGAUUUGCGAAAUGCUCUUUAUGCAGCACUGCCAUCUCUGGUCCAGGGGAGGAAUUGGCUUCUGCUUUAUAGUACUUGGAGGCAUGGGAUAUCCCUAUCAACUUUGUACAGAAGAAGCAUGCUUUGCCCUGGCUACUCUCUGUUGGUUGUUGGGGAUCAAAAAGGUGCAGUUUUUGGUGGCUUAGUGGAGGCACCAUUGUGCCCUACCAAUAG